AUGUACACUCAACGAUUUAAAAAAAUAACCAACGUGUCCAUUCGAUCAAAGUUGAAUACUUUCUUAAGACAAAUCAAUUAUGCUAACAUAUCUACCCCUUCGCGUAAUGAUUGUGCACUUGCAGCUCAAUCAAGAAAUGAAUUUCAAAGAUUAACAGGAAAACUAUACCUUAUUAAAUUAGCAACCGAUCACAUUUGGAAUUUAACAUCAACAAUUUCUCAAAGAGUCAGAUUUACAAAUCAGGCGAAUUAUAUGAACCAAAAUCGCGUUUCUCGAGUUCGUUCUAAUAACCCGAGUACCCUUGACUUAAUCGCUAAAAUCACUUUACCACAAGUUUCCAACAAUCCCUUUGAGCAAAAUUUUUUUAACGGGACCACCAACUUUGAUGACAACAAUCCUGAACAUUCAAUUUUGCACGUCGGAUCCUUUGGAAUAUCUACUUCUUUUGCUUAA